AAUCUCACAUGGCCUAAGAAAUCAUAUCAAAGUUUAAGGAAUUCAAUAGCUUUUCUUUCUCUUGGAUGCCUCGGGGGAUCCUGUGGAAUAGCUUCCAAAUGCUGCGCCUAGGCCACCUUUUGAGCUUGCAAACAAGUGUGGGAAAAUUCGAUUGAGUGUUUAGACAUAAUUAUUUAAAACCACUCUGCUGUUUUGCAUUCUAAGUGGGUAUUAGCAACUACUGGCAUUGUUUGCAUACCUUCAAGUGUUUGCAAUGCACAGUCAGAUGAAAGUUUGAUUUAAACGCACGUCUUAGAUUGCCCUCUUCUUUAAGUGUGGGAUUACACCAACCUGCGGCUAGUUUCAGGUUUUGGAUGUUAGCACGAUCGAAUGCAACAUGGAUGACUGGUUUGUGAAAAGAAUAUGUUUUAUAGCUGCUUUGGCCACAAAUUUGAGCCAAGUGCUUGGAAAUCCACUACCAAUGUCAUCUGAAGAAGGCCAGUCUGCAUUUGCAAUGAUUGAAAAAGUUAACAAACAUGUGAAGCAUGAUUUGUUUGAGAGUGAUAUUUCGUUCUCUCCAACUGUGCAAGAAGCCCUUGGAAGAUCAAAAGAAGACCAGCCUCCUGUUGGUGUGGCAAUGGAUGCAGUCAGAAACAGGGAGUACUUGUGGAUAACUAGGACUGUUCCUUAUCAAUUGACGAAUGAUUUUUCGAAAGCCGAAAAAGACAUCAUCAUUAAGACAAUGAAAAUCAUUGAGGAGAAGUCUUGCAUCAGAUUUAAGAGACGUACCAAAGAAACAAAUUGGGUUCAGAUUAUUAAAGAUGGCGGCGGAUGUUUUUCUUCUGUUGGAAAAGAAUAUUGGAAAAUUGGUAAACAGAUAUUGAGUCUGUCUGAUGGAUGUCUAUCGAAAAGCAUAAUACUGCACGAGCUUCUACAUCUUCUUGGCUUUUGGCAUGAGCAGAGUCGUCCGGACAGAGACAAAUACGUUGAAAUAUUUUGGGAAAACAUGGAAGAGGAUGCAGAAAAAAAUUUCAAAAAAUAUUCGCAUGAAGAGGCAGAUUUGCUUGGCCUUCCUUACGACUACCAAAGCGUAAUGCACUAUGAAAAAACAUCAGGAAGUAAAAAUGGAAAACCAACAAUCUUGGCUAUUGGAAAUAAAAGUCAGGAACUAGGAAAAUCAAAGACAUUGACAGCAAUUGACAUUAUCCAGAUCAAUCGACUGUACGACUGUUCAGCUCCAGGUGCUGUAAGAGACAGCUAUGUGAGUAACUGGUCCAACUAUGGGCCAUGUGACAACAAUUGCAAAAAGACUCGCCAACGGUUCUGCUCACAUCCUGACCUCACCAAAUGCCCAAAAGUGAACGCAAACGGCAUCGAGGAGCAAGCCACUGCAUGUUCUGUUUCAGAAUGCAACGCUCCGGUAGAUGGUCACUGGAGCCGCUGGUCGUCAUGGAAUGACUGCGCGCCGGACUGCGGACCAAGAAAGCGAACCAGAACAAGAUACUGCACCAUGCCGAAGAAUGGUGGGAAGCAAUGUGUUGGCGCGGCAGUCCAGAGCUUUCAAUGCAGAACAAAAAUUUGCGGCGUGCAAUGUAGUUUUGACACUAACUGGUGCGGUUGGAGAAAUGGCCAUCACAAUUUACAACGCUUUAAAUGGUGGACAGGGAUGAUAGAUACCCCCAGCAAAAACACUGGGCCUAGCAGAGACCACACCACUGGAAAAGGUAAAUACCUGUAUGUUGAAGCUUCUAAACCAUCACAAGAAGGAGAUAAAGCAAAGCUUGUGAGCAGAACGAGAAACGCAACAGGCUUACACUGUCUAUCGUUCUGGUACCAUAUGUUUGGAGCACACAUGGGUAGUCUGAGGGUCUUUCUUAAGUUUAGCAAUGGCACCGAGGAGAAAGUAUGGGAAGAGUCUGGAGACAAAGGAAACAAAUGGAUGCAUGCCAAUUCUACAGUAGAUGCCUAUUCACCAUACAAGGUUAUUUUUGAAGCAGAAAGAGGAAAUGGCUUUGGUGGAGAUAUUGCUAUAGAUGACACAAAUAUCAAAGUUGGAAAAUGUGGAAUAAAAAAUCUGGAGAGGCUAAUCGGAAUCCCGAUAAAAGCCCUUGGCUGCUAUGGCGAUUCAAUGAGCAACAGAGCCAUGUCUAACCUUAUCGGCUAUAACCGGCAUCUCAUCCAGUGGCAGAGAUUCAACACCUCUCUUGUCAAGAUUCUUCGUCUGUGUGCUGAAAAGGCCAAAAGCAAAGGCCAUAAAUUCUUUGGACUGCAAUUCUACGGCGAAUGCUGGAGUAGCUCGCACGAAACUGCGCCAUUUAGGUACGGGCCUUCGACCGCUUGUGUGGAUGGAAAGUUCAAAGAGUGCGCAAUGUCUAAAGAUGUGCCGUGUACCGGCAAAGCAAACGCUAAUUUCAUUUACAAAUUCAUUGAUAAUAACGACUUUGAACUUUCAGUUUGAUUCUUUGUAAUAUUAUUUAUUGAAGCAUUUCUUCUGUAGAUAUUAUUCGCUUUCACAAUUUACGCAAAAUGAUACAUGCUUGCUGAUAGAUAGAUUUAUUUUUUUUCUUUAUGAUCCAAGAGAAACUUUGAAAUAAUAUGUUUGCUUUUC